AGGCCGGCCCAGAGGUGAGGUAGCUAUAAACAGCUCUCGAGGUAAGCUGAAGGUGAGACUGGCUUUGGAUUGCCCGUGGACUGUAACUGUUUCUAUUGGGAAUACACACACUCACGCACAGACACGCAGAUACUGCCGUGCGUAAUAGGUGAACGCCGUACAAAACUUCCAAUUCCAAGAAGGGACAUGCUAUUUUAGAUCCGCGCAAUAGAAACAGAACCACUGUCAAAAAAACAUGAAGUUUGAAGUGUUCUGCGGGAGCCACAAUCAUCACAGGAAACCGCUGGACCCGAGCGGGGACGUAGAGGACAAAGUGCGCUCUCCUCUUUACGGCGAGGAGGAGCUGGGGUCGGACGGGGACUACGUGUCGCGGAGCCCCCCACCUGCCACGGACGGCAAGGGGAAGCCCUACAUACGGAGACCCAAGCCUCCGUACUCUUACAUCGCCCUGAUCGCCAUGGCCAUCCGGGAGUCCUGCUCGGGACGGCUGACCCUGUCCGAGAUCAACGACUACCUGAUGCAGAAGUUUCCGUUUUUCCGGGGCAGUUACACGGGUUGGAGGAACUCGGUGCGCCACAACCUGUCCCUCAACGACUGCUUUCUGAAGGUGCUCCGGGACCCGUCCAGACCCUGGGGCAAGGACAACUACUGGAUGCUCAAUCCGCACAGUGAAUACACGUUCGCCGACGGCGUGUUUCGUCGCAGGAGGAAACGCAUCGUAAAGAAGAUGAACGAGGAGGGAGCGGACCUCUGCGUACCGGGAGAGCGCACGGGAGAGCGCAACGUGGAACCGGGGAUGUCCGACACCAAAGUGGGAUCCUAUACCAAAUUCACGAGUUCCUUCGCCAUAGACAGUAUCCUCAGCACGCCGUUCAAGCAGGAGAAAUUCAGAGACAGUUUGAUAGUGUCCCCGGGUCUGAUGUGGCCGUGCUACACGGGCUUCCCCGCACCCCAGCCCAGUCAUCCGGCGCGCUUCGCCCCGCAUCUCAAGUCAGCGCUCCAGAUGGACUCCAUAUCUGCGCAUGCGCUUCCCUCUUACGCGCGAUAGCGCGUAAAGGAAUCGGAGAGACUGAAUUUCGGACGUUAUGUCCGCGAAAGCGUCAUCGGUCAGAGCACCUGCUGCUGAAAAAAUUACGUCAUAACGUGUUGAUGAUGGAGAUGGACCGUUAUGGGGGAGAGCGGGACUGACUUGUUUCAACGUUGCACUUUUUAACAGCGUUUAUCAGCAUUGUUCUUUGAACGCUGAUAUGUUUAUUGUUUCGGUUUUUUAUUCAGGGUAAAGGUGGCCCACUCUGACAAAGAGCACCAGGUCGUUGGUUCCUCGUUCAUUUCUGAAUCCAACCCCCAUUGUAAGCUCGAUGGUAGGCCUAUAUAACGCUAUAGUAUGUCCAUUCAACGUCCAGAAAAUUACAUUUUGCAGUUGGUCUUUGAUUUAUUUCCACAUGUAUAUUCUGUCCUUAAUUUAAUAAAAACAUCCUUUAAUGACGA